CAUUGCAUACCAAUCCACUACUUCACUUCCCAAAAAUUAAAGGCCCUUCUUCAUCUCUUCAUCAUGCCUUCUACCCAAUGAUUCCCUCCGGCAAAAGCCCAAAUUUACCUUUACCAUCAUGACUAGUCUCUUCCAUUUCAAGACCACAGCUGGUCAUCGUCACAAUUAUCCACAAGUGGUUUGCCCUAAUCAUGCGGUGAUCGGCGGCAACCGCCACGUCAUGACAAGCAAAUCAACUGUUAAUCCCUCCGUCCUGCGGCUUAACAAGUAUGGAACUCCGGCGAUAGACUCACCCAAGGAAAGAGUAGCAUGGGUCGUCGACACCAAGUCUCCGUCGACGGGGAAGUUCGGUAGGUUUGGUGGCAAGUUCGUCGCCGAGACCCUCAUUUCCGCUCUGGAAGAGCUUGAAGUCGUGUUUCAUCAAGUUCUGCAAGAUCCUGAAUUUCAGGAGGAGCUAACGACGGCACUAAAGGACUACGUAGGCAGGGAAACCCCGCUCUACUACGCGGAGCGCCUCACGGCCCACUACAAGGCCCAAAACAUGGGCCGAGGUCCAGACAUCUACAUCAAGCGCGAGGACCUGGCCCACCUCGGGGCCCACAAGAUGAACAACGCACUGGCCCAGGCAAUCAUCGCCAAACGGAUGGGCCUCACCGCCGUCAUAGCGGCGACCGGUGCGGGACAGCACGGAAUCGCGACGGCCGCCGCCUGUGCGAAGUUCGGACUCAGCUGCACAAUCUUCAUGGGCACCGCCGACAUGGAGAAACAGCCGUCGAGCGUAGACCUCAUGAACCUCCUCGGCGCGAAGGUCAGGCCGACGGCGGGAAGCUUCAAGGACGCCACCUCGGAUUCAAUCAGGGAUUGGACGGAAAAAUUGGGGGAAGUUUACUACUUGGCUGGCACGGCGGUUGGCCCCCACCCUUGCCCGACGAUGGUUCGGGAGUUUCAGUCGGUGAUCGGGAGGGAGACGCGGCGGCAGGCGGCGGAGAAAUGGGGCGGGACUCCCGACGCGGUGGUUGCCUGCGUCGGGAGCGGCUCGAAUGCGCUGGGGAUUUUCCACGAAUUUGUGCGGGAUCCGACGGUGAGGCUGAUCGGAGUGGAGGCGGCGGGGUUUGGACUGAACACCGGGAAACACGCGGCGACGCUGGCCGCCGGUGAAGUUGGGGUUUAUCACGGCGCGAUGAGCUACUUGUUGCAGGAUGAGGAAGGGCAGAUUACCUGUCCGCACUCCGUCGGCGUUGGGAUGGAGUAUCCUGGGGUGGCACCGGAGUUGAGCUUUCUGAAGGAGACCGGAAGAAUGGAGUUCUACUCAGCUUCAGACGAAGAGGCUGUCGAAGCAUACAGAAGGGUGGCUAGAUUAGAAGGCAUACUCCCAGCACUGGAGGCUUCUCAUGCAUUUGCAUACCUGGAGAAACUGUGCCCUACUAUGCCCGACGGAGCCAAAAUCAUCAUAAGUUGCAGCGGACGAGGAGAAAAAGAUACAGAAACGGUUUUUAACUACCCGAUCAGUUAAGGAAAGCCAGACAGGGCUAGAUGUGAACACUGAAAACCAAUAAGGUAUAGUUUGGCAGAAGAACAUCAUAGCUGUAGUCUAUGUACAUAGAUAAGCAAAUGCAACUACAGUAGAGUAAAAACUGGAGAUGUCAUUGAGAAUGUAAUAGAUGUCGAGACAGCGAGACUCGAGUGUGGGUCCAUGGAGAUGGAUGGAGAAGUAUGUGUGGUAUAGUAUUCUCUACAACUGUAACAGUUUCAUCCGAACCAGGGAUAGGAUAGCAUAGCUAAAGCCAAACAUUACGAUUGGUUAAAAGGAAGCAGAUUAGAACACAGCAUCAUUCAUUUCAACACUCCAACUACUAACCAUCCAAAUUCAUUUAUAAAAUUACUAGAGGAAAC